AUGAAGAGUUACCAUGGGGAGCGCAGCCAGUCACGAGAACACCCCUGCCACUGCGUCCCAGAGGCCUGCGACCAGCCGAUGGAAUACAUCCACCAUAGCCAGGAGUCUCGCCAGCCAUACCUCCUCAGCCCCAGCGAGCCUUGUUCCCUGGACCACUACUGCCCAUCGCGGGGCUCUGCCGAGGCCCCGCUCAGCCUAACGGAGCCCCUCUCAGCCGCCAGCAGCAGCAGCACCUUCCCUAGGAUGCACCACACGCCGCAGCAGUACGACUCCUGCGACGAGUGCAUGGCGGCCGCCCACCCUUCCAGCAAGAUCAACCGGCUGCCCCCCACCCUCCUCGACCAGUUUGAGAAGCAGCUGCCCCUGCACCACGACGGCUUCCACACCCUGCAGUACCAGCGGGCCAGCAGCACGGAGCAGCCGCGGAGCGAGAGCCCCAGCCGCAUCCGCCACCUCGUCCACUCGGUCCAGAAGCUCUUUGCCAAGUCUCACUCCCUGGAGGCCCCCUCCAAGCGCGAGUACAACGGCACCAAGAUGGAAGGCCGGGGGGGCGAGGGAGGGUACCACCACCACCACCCUCACCACCACCACCGCCAGUCGCGCCACGGCAAGCGCAGCAAGAGCAAGGACCGCAAGCUGGACUCCUCCUCCUCCUCCUCCCGCCACCGGAACAAGAUGAUGGGCUGGUGGAGCUCCGACGACAACCUGGACAGCGACAGCAGCUACAUGGUGUCCGGGAGGCAGCACGCCAUCGACCAGGCCACCCAGUACUGCGUGGACACCCCUGAAAGUGCCUUCAGAGACUUGACCUUGAAGAGUCUGAAGAGCGGAGGUGGGGAGGGCAAGUGCUUGGCUUGCGCGGGAAUGUCCAUGUCCCUCGAUGGCCAGACGCUCAAGCGGAGCUCCUGGCAUACCAUGACCGUCAGCCAAGCGCGGGAGGCCUACCCCAGCUCGGGAGGAGGCCCAGAGAAAGCCUUGAUGCUCCAGGAGGCCAAGGCCAAGGACCGAUCCUAUCAUUAUCUUCAGGUAAGGAGGUGGGUAGAGGCUGCGCUGCUGUAGAGGAGGAGCAAGCUUUGUGUCUUCAGUUCCUUUCCAAGGAGUGCCUUAGAUACAGAUAUAUAGAUGUCUAUACCUUGAUCAGGAAAGGGGAUGUUUUUGGAUUACAGUCCCCAGCAUCCUUGGCUGUGCUGGCUGGGGCUGAUGGGAUGGGCUGUUCAGGCAUGUAAAGCUGGGACAGCGCAUCCCAUGCGCUGCAAGAUGUGCCCUAGUUAAAAGGAGCUUGAUUCCUUGAUCCAAGCAUCAUAUGAGGAGCCCCCUUCCAUGAUUGCAAGUCAGUCCAUCGUAGGUUUGAUCAUGGAUUAAAAAGACAGGAAGCAUGCAGGGAAUGAGCCCCUUCCUACUGACCAGGCCUUGGGCUUUUCGAAUUCCCUGCCACUCUGUUUCCAAGGGCAAAUGCCCAUGUAUCCAAUGAAUGGCCAGCCUGGAUCACUUUCAAAGGCUCUCCCCUGACGGUUUCUUCCCCAAGCUUAAGACUCCCCUGCUGCUGAUUCCGAAAGCUCCCCCCCUCCCAUUUGCCGUCUUGCUCUCUAUUCCCUUUGCUCUCCUUUGCAUUCCCAUGAUGCACUGCAGCUCCACCUUGAUGUCGGUGAUUAGAGAAAUGUCAGGGCUAUAAUAGCCUCUGCCUGCAAAAAGAAGAAGCAGCACAAAGGCGGCUCUCUGUUUUAAAAGGCCCGAGGUUUCUGAGGAGCUGCUGGCUGCGUCAGCUUACCAAGGUGUCCGAAGACAUCCGAGCAUUGCGUUGCUCUUGCUAAUAAUGCCCAAACAAACAAUUAAGAUGAACCACCUUGCUCAUUUCUCGGAGGGCGGUUUCUGCGCAGGCCUGAUCAAUGGGCUCCACACGCUAAUGAGGAGGGCAACCUGGGACAAGGCAGCCAGAGAAAAUGCAUGGGGGCCUGAAGGAUCUCUCCAGAAUUAGUUGCUUAUGGAAGCAGAUGCAUGAAACCUCUCCCCUUUGGCUCUUUUCUAAGUCUCCUAAGGGCCAAGCAUGUAGGGUAAGGGGAACCAGGUAUACCCAACCAAACAUCUGGAGGGCUGGCCUAGGUUGAAGUGCAGGCCCACUAAUAUACAGUGGUACCUUGGGUUACAUACGCUUCAGGUUACAUACGCUUCAGGUUACAGACUCCGCUAACCCAGAAAUAGUGCUUCAGGUUAAGAACUUUGCUUCAGGAUAAGAACAGAAAUCGCGCUCCAGUGGCGUGGCGGCAGCAGGAGGCCCCAUUAGCUAAAGUGGUGCUUCAGGUUAAGAACAGUUUCAGGAUAAGAACAGACCUCCAGAACGAAUUAAGUACUUAAUCCGAGGUACCACUGUAUUAGAAGAAAGGCAAGCUAAAUUAUUGUUGAUGUUAUUGCUGCUGUUAUUAUUAAUAUUAUAUCCCACCCUUCCUCCAAAGGAAACCGGGAUGGGAAACAUGCCAGUGCUAAAACAAGACAACUAAAACAUCUCAAAACAGUUUAAAAACUACGUACCUCCUAACAAACAGGUCCAACCCAUCCUGUUUCUACCUUAAUCAGCUAGUUAUAAAAGUGAAUCUCCAUGGAAAUGUCUAUUUAAAUGCCUAUUUUAUCACAUAUAAAUAUAUUUUAUCUAACUAUUCACAUUUCAAACAUUUUUUAUCUUAAAAUAUAUUUUUCCACACAUUUGAAUAGUGGUGCAACAAUAAAACUGCUAGCACAUUUGCAAAGCUAAGCAGGGUCCACUAUGGUUUCAACUUGAAUGGGAGACCAUGUGUUGAGAUUCCUGCAUUGACUCUCAGGGUCCCUUCCAACUCUGCAGUUCUAGGAUUCUAUGUUUCUUGAACUGAAUACUGUAUCACAAAAUUCUGAGAGGUGCAACAUCCGAAGGAUAGUUUCAUUCUGAUCUGUGCAUUCCUCCAGGAGGUGCGGGUCAUGUCAGCUUGCUUUGGAAUCCACAGAAUUCCACAGAAGUCGAUGGCUGAAUUGCACAUUGACUUGGAACGAUUGGCCACACCUUGAGCUUUAGGGUGCUGGACUCUUUGUUCUCUAUCAAAGGGCAGUAAGCUGCCUUAGGGGGCACAGGACAGAACAUGUCUAACACAAAGGGACACUGCUGCCACCACUGACACACACUCUCUGGUUCUGCCGCCUGAGGUCAUCUCCUCACUCUGCCUACUAGUAGGGCCGACCCUGUCUAAAGGUUUUGCCGGAGGCAAUGAUAAAGGUGAAUCUGGUGGGUGCCCUUGUACCUAGGGACCUUGUAAAACUGUUGUCCUCCUCCCUAGGAACCAAGGUUCCUGAAAUGCUAAAAAGGUAAGGACAGGUCUGGUGCAUUGUGUGGUUAACCCAGCAGUAUUCCCCUUAGUCAAGGGCUUGAGAAUGAUUUUGCCUAAUUUCCUGGACUGAGUUCCCAGUUUUCUGCCUUUUGUUCCUCGGAUCUCUUGUUCAUAUUCCUAGCUGGAUGCGCAGAGUGAGUGUUGGCGCUCAUUUGGCUAGGAGGCUGACAGAAACAGAGACGCAACUUGGCAUAGCUGCACACUACUGGUGGAUGUGCUUGAUCCUGGUGGAAAAUUAAGCAAGAUUCUGACCCCAGCUCAAAACGCAGCCAGAUUCCAGAAUCUCACUCCAAUUCCUUGCUUCUGAAGCCUCGCAUAUAUUUCGAUCUCUGCCCUGACUCUUCCCAAAGCUCAAGGCAGCUAUCCAUGAUUUAAUACAAAUGAAAUAUUGUUUAAGCAGUAGGCCCAGUUCACUGUACAGAUAAAAUGUAGAAAAUGAAAUGACCCCCACAAAAACCCACGCUUGCUUAGAUCCAACUGUUAACAACCAGAACCUCUUACAGUUAGGACUGUGCAAGUAAUUAAAAGUUUUUAUUUGCUUGCUUGCUUGCUUAUUUGUUUGCUAGCAGGGUUGUAAGUAAGAAGAUGGGCAGGUGAGGGCUGGCUGAGAGCAAGCUGAGGUUGGUGGAGCCAAACCCCACUCAGCCUAAUGGACCAGCCUUCACUGGCCAGAAUUACUCCCAAUCUCAGAUACUGGCUGGUAGAAGGGGAGAUCAGGUUAGAAUUAGGCAUUUUCAGGAGAACUUCAGUGGGUGGGGAAAAGGUUAACUGUGGGUGGGGAAAGGGUUAACUUCUGCCCCAUACUUGGCCUUGGCAUUAAGUAGCAAACUCAGAAUUGGGAGCUUCAUGUUUACUCUGUAACACAUAUCUCUGCCCUGGGGGAGGGGGCUUUGAUUCAGGGGCAUUGAAAGGUGAACUUACCUAAUUCACACUUUCCAAAACAAGAUGUGAAUCAAAAGUCAGCCAUCCUUCAAAAUUCUCACACCUCUGAAAUUUGCAGUGCAGUUCUCCAGCCAAGUAAUGUGCAUAAACAUACAAGCAUCGAUUAAAAUGCAUGUAUUAGUGAAAAGAACAUAUACAAAUAUUAGUGGAAAUUGUUUAGCAAAAUUCUAUUAGGCAAAAGGUAUAUCAAUGUAUAUUAAUGCAAAAAAAUGCAUUAAAAAUGUGCAUUUUAGGAGAAAUUUGCACUGAUAUGCUAAUGAAUUUUUAUGAUCACUUUAAAGCACACACACCUUGGUGGAGAAAUGUAAAGAACUUAAGACAAGAUAAAUGAGAAGCUGAGAGAACCUGAAACUGACAGACUUGCCCAGUCCCUAUCCUCUGCCUUUUUCCUGGAUCCAACCAGGCUGCCUUGUGCAGCUAGGGUUGUGGUUUGCUUGCCUUUUGCAAUCUGCCUGCCUCAGUCCCUGGCUUCCUCCUGCAUCCCCCCCCUCCUCCUCCUCCUGCCUUCCUCUUUAACAUGCACCUCACAGACUUUUGCAGAGGUCCCUGGCCUGCCGGCCUUCAGCCCGCAUCAUCAGGGCAUCCCCCUCCCCUAGCACACACCUGGAUGGCUGGAUGGCUUGAAGGAGCCUAGCAGCUGCUGCAGCUGCUGCAUCACCACCCUCCCUUCUUUCUCCCGAUUUGCUUCCUAUUAUAAAACAUUUAAAGGUAUUUCUUUAAAAUAAAUAAACAACUGCUGCUGGAAGGAACCAGGACUCUUCACCCCAGCUGCUGUUUGAUGAACUGUGAUAGAAAAAUAUACAUAUAUCCCCUCAUGGAGCUGGGAUACUCAAGUUACAUCAUGAUGACGAUGACAACAUGUAUUUGUCACUUUUUUAACCAAAGUGUCUCAAAGCAACUUACAGGAUAAAAAUAGAAAAUAUUAAUAUUACUAUUUAUUAAAUUUGUUGGUCACUUUAUCUUGCCCAGUGUAAUCCAAAGCGACUUACAACUGAACGAAUGAACAAAAAGCCCACAUAGAUGCAUUAAAACCAAGCUGGGGGGUGAAUUAACAAGGAGCGUUUGCACCCCAUGCAGCUACUAAGUUUUCAACCCCUGUUUUCACCUUCACCCCUAUAGCCAUGCCUUCCCCCUAUAUUUGUUUGCUUCAAUCAUCUGACAGGAGACUCCUGGGUGGGCUCUCAAUUUGCAUAUCUGUGACAUGCUGCUUCAGGUCCUUUCUGUGACAUGCUGCUUCAGGAGGACGCCAAAACCUGAAACUAGUCCUCCUUGGGUACACAGACCCACCACGUAAUACACACACACAGGGAUGUGGAUGGCGCUGUGGUCUAACCCACUGAGCCUCUUGGGCUUGCCAAUCAGAAGGUCGGCGGUUCAAAUCCCUGCAACGGGGUGUGCUCCUGUUGCUCUGUCCCAGUUCCUAUCAACCUAGCAGUUCAAAAGCAUGCCAGUGCACGCAGAUAAAUAGGUACCACUGCGCCAGGAAGGUAAACGGUGUUUCCGUACGCUCUGGUUUCCGUCACUGUGUUCCGUUGCACCAGAAGUGGUUUAGUCAUGCUGGCCACAUGACCUGGAAAGCUCUCUGUGCACAAAUGCCAGCUCCCUCAGCCUGAAAGCAAGAUGAGUGCCACAACCCCAUAGUCGCCUAUAACUGGACUUAACCAUGCAGAGGUACUUUACCUUUUUACCUAACACACAAACAGCUAUUUUGGAGCUGCUUCUAUGAUCUUCUAGCAUGUGGCUGCUGUAGCUGUAUAAAUAUGCAUUUAUUUAUUUAAUAGCAUUCCUAAACCACUUAAUAUUUUAAAAAUCUCUAAGCAGUGUACACUGUGUACAAUAUAAAAACAAUAUUUGUGAAACUAAAUACUACCUAAAACCAAUGGAGCCAUGUAAGAGCAAGUAAAGAAGUGAUUCAGAGGGUUCAUACAAAUAAUUCAGGGUCCAGUCUUAUGGGUCAGGGAAUGUCUGAGCAAAAAGAUACAUAUUUUCAAGACAUUGUGUGAAGCAGCUGGUAGCUACUGCUUCACCUGUGGUAGAGAGAAGGGCAUUCCACAUAACAGGGUCAAGAGCAGAGAAUGUCCCAUUUUGUGGCCACCACCCUAUGGUAUUCUGUAGAGUGCAAUGCCACAAGCAGAAGUUCUCCAGUUGGCUUAAGCGAUCAGAGUCAGGCAGUUUUUCAUGCCUGAGAUACAAGGCCAACCCUUCCCUUUAGGUAGAGUGAAAUCAACCCCUCAGGUGGCAAAUGCUGUUGACAGUGGGGUCAGUACCCCAGCUAUGGUCCUUUACUGGAAAGACAAAGCUGUGUGCUCCAUGUGGACUGUCUUGCUCCUUCCCGGUCAAUCUUUGCCAACCUGCCUUCCUCUAGAUGGUGUUGGACUACAUCUCCCAUCAGCCCCAGCAAGCACAGCUGUGUUGGCUGGGGUGGGUGGGAGUAGUAGUCCAAUGAAAGAAGCAAUUAAAAUGCAAUUGACAAUCACAGCACGUCACAAAUGCUGCAGCCAACAGAAAAAUCAUUAAGCAGUCUGCCAAGACCUUUCACAAUUUGCAAGUGGUCCGUGGAGGGCAGGGGGGCAUUUGGGAACCACAGUCCUAAUAAACACAUUUUGUAUACAAUUUGGUGUAAUAUACAUAAUUUUGCCAUCUAUUCCCCUAAUAUAAUGUAGUUGUAUGCUAUUUCCAUUGAUAUACAGUAUGCAUUUCUGUGCACAUUUUGUUCUGCCAGAGAACUGCAUUGCAAAAUUCAGACAAGUGUGAAUUUAGUAGGAUAUUUGUGUUUCCGUUCAUGUAUUGUUUUCAGAAGUGUGAAUUUCUCCAAAUCCCCUCCCACUUAUUCACCAAAUAACCUGUGCUCUCUCAGUAUGACAGAGGAGAAUGCAGCAAGAUGACUGGUGAGUUACUGAGUCUCUAGGGUCCUGUGUUAUCAUUAGCUAAGACCACAGCCCAACACUUCUCAAUACUAUUUGCAAGAUCACAUCCUGACAACAACAAGCAUUACUCUGCUUGAACCAAACAUCAUUUUUAUUUGUUGAUCCUACAGUAUUUCUACCCCAUUCCGCAGCUGCGAAAACCUCCUAAAAACCAAUAGAGUUCUGAAAACAUGACACAGUGGUUGGGAGGAGGGAGGAAAGCAAAUUCGCAUACUAGUUCUUCAUUUUAAAAAAGUUAUUAUUGUUAUAGAUAUUUAUUAAUUGCCUUCCAGAUAGAUAGCUAUAUCAAGGCAAUGUACAAAAAUGAGUGAAACGUAGUUGGAUAUAACCCAUUAUAUUUAGUACAUUGCCUUGAUAGUCUAACUUAGUCAUGUUCAUUAAUUUCAAUAGGUCUGCUCUGAGCAAUAAAAACAACUUUAAAAAACCCAAUUAGGAACAACACAGAAAGCAACAGAAUAUGCAUUUUUAAAACAAUAUGAAAUGGACACUGCUGGCAGAGGCCUGUUCAUCCAGCUGGGAAAGCUUGUCAGGAAAAUAAUGUCUUCAUUCCCCGCCAGACAAAGUUCUUAGAAGUGUUCUUACCAGUUUCCCACACAACAUUAUCUCUCCCAACUGGAUAAAGUAAACAGCCCCAUUCAUGGAGAAGGAAAUUCAAAGGUUUGGUUAGUAGGUUGCUUUUGUUUCAGUGAGGCACAAGUUACUCAGGCCUUGUUUGUAUGCAUAUACAGUGGUACCUCGGGUUACAUAUGCUUCAGGUUACAUACGCUUCAGGCUACAGACUCUGCUAACCCAGAAAUAGUGCUUCAGGUUAAGAACUUUCCUUCAGGAUAAGAACAGAAAUCUUGCUCCGGCGGCGCGGCAGCAGCAGGAGGCCCCAUUAGCUAAAGUGGUGCUUCAGGUUAUGAACAGUUUCAGCUUAAGAACAGACCUCCGGAACGAAGGAAGGGACCACGAGGAUCGUCUAGUCCAAUGCCAUGCAAUGCAAUAAUCUUUCACCCAAUGUGGGGCUCAAAUUCAUGACUCUGAGAUUAAGAGUCUCCUGCUCUACUGACUAAGCUACUUCUAACCUUUCCCAAGCAGAUGCCCUCUGGUUGUUUUGGACUACAAUUCCCAUCCUGCUGGCGGGGGUGAUGGGAGUUGCCGUCCAAAACAUCUGAAGAUGGCUAAAUCCACAGUAAAGUUUUGCUUCAUGUGAAACUCUGGUCAGGCCUGAGUGUUCCAUUUCCCAGCAUUCUCCAGUCACAGGGCUCUGCUCACACUAGAAAACUAGUUCAGUAGAAACAGCCAAUCCUAGCCCUCAAGCCUGAGAUUUAAGGCUCCAGUUAACUGGGGGGGGCAUGCCAAGCUUGGGACAACAAAGAUUGGAGACCACCCUCCACAGCCCGUGGCACUAGUCAAAGUCCUGCCUAAGGAUCCCCCAUCUCCCUCAGCCUGGAGAUAUCAAAACUUAUCCUGCUCCUUCUGUUUACAUCCUUCUGCUCCCAGACAUGAUCCAAACUCCCCCCUUACCUCAGCUUAGAGGCUUAGCCAGCCAGCCAGCUCCAUGAAGGGCUUGUUCUUUUUUAAUUAAAAGCUAAUUAACUCUUCUCGCUCUCCCUCUCUGUGUGUGUUUUUUCCCCAGGGGGAAGGAGAGAUUGAAUGACACUUGACUUGAUUGCCCAUCCAGAGUGAGGGGCUGGAGGGAGGGGCUGCUGUAUAGGGAACACUCCGCCCAUCCCAUCCUCACUUUGGCUGUCCCCAUCUCAGCCCACUGCAGCAGGGGGGUGGGCCCAAGGAUGAAAAGAAACAUCCCUUGAUGUUUCAUGGGAGAAAGAGACAAAGAGGCAACUGUGUCUGUUCCGGCCUCUUGUUCCCGUCCACCUGUUUUGCCCUCCUCCUGAUAGCCUAAGGGAUGCCAACUCGUCACCGGAAACUGGUAAGGGUGUCAUCAGUGCAGACAGAUGUUUGCCUGUCUGCUUUGCUGCUCUGGUUAUGGGUGGGAUUUCAUCUGCCGGAGGAGCUAUGAGGUGAGGAUUUCUGGAGAGAUUUCAGGGAGAAAGCCCUGCCUCUUUCUAGAGCAGACGUGCUUCCAUGGGGUGGGAAAAGUAAUGACUUGGUCUGGGGAAAGUCCAUCACAUCUGGAGAGUCUUGAACUGAAGGGUAGGCAAGGUUCAAGCUCUGUUGCCAACCUGGCAACCUCCAAAUAUUUUUGAACUAUAACUUCCAUCAGCUGAAGGGCACCAAGUUGUCAAAGGAUGCUCUAGAGAACUAUGAUGUAUAGGUGAGGUUGUGUCUACAAGGAGGCAGUUUCCAGCUUUCUGGGGGCUAAGAAGCCAUCUUUGGUUGCCUCUAGCCAAAGAGCUCUGUUAGCUGCAAGAUCUUGAUGAGUCCAUGUUUUGGGAAUUUGGAAUUGCAUAUGGAAAUGUGGUGAUAACUUCAGUAGCUAACCUAAUCGCCAAACUGUGCAAGGGUAUCAGGAGUUCCAUCACUGGCUUUUUAGAAAACUUAAAAACAGCUACCUGGGGGGUGGGGUGCAAGUUGGAUCCGAGCCACUGAGGUAGGGGGACUAAUGCAUUUCUCCACACUGUUUCCCAGUUUAACUCUUCCAUGUGAGCGCCCGCCCCCCCCCCAAAAAAAAGCUUAGAUUAGCUGUGGAGGUAGAGAGAGCUCAUCUGUAUUUUACCUGUAUUUUCACCUUUGCUGGCUAAUUGAAGUUUGGGUGAUUAGAAUUAGAAUUAGAAUUUUUAUACUGCCCUAUACCCGCAAGUCUCAGGGUGGUUCACAGGAUAAAAUCAAAGUAUAAAACCACCAAGUACAUAAUCAAAAUGAAAGCAACAACAACCCAAUAACCCUCCCCCAGUGCUGUGCACAUGAUUUAUUCUCUCUCUCUAUGUGUUGCCAGGGCUUUUUUUUCAGCUGGAACUCACCAGAACUGAGUAUCGGCACCUCUUUGGUGCAUUUGGGGGGAGCUUUAGAAAAGUUUCCCCUCUUGAAAAAGCUCACAUAUGAUUUGGCUGUAGGAGACAAUUGCUUUAAGUGUAUGAAGCAAAAUAUGGCACAUAGGACAACCAAUGUAUCUUAUUCAUCCUUCUCAGUAUGGGCUCCUGAAAGCUGUAGUCCAUAACCCCUGGCAGGCACCAGGCUGGCGAAGGCUAGUUUAAUGCAUUGCAGUACCAACAUUUUAUCACCCCAAAAGAGAACUUAGCAGUUGUACACAUCUCUUAUUUAAUUUGUAAAUCUUAAUAAAAAUACUGAUAUCUUCUAAGAACACUUAGCUUAAUGUAUUUUGGGAUAUAGGAACUCAGAGGAACACUUUGAACAUCAAGUCAGAUCAAAUUUGCACACACCUGUAGAUCCCUUGAUUUGACAUCACCACCUGAUGGCUGGUAGCUGAAUGUGUGAAUGGGCUCUGAUGAAAAAUGUAUGUCUUCUUGAAAUGACGUCUGAGAGUACAGUUCACUUUCAGAUAAGUAUCUUUCAGUUGCAGCCUCCUGCAACUAUGUUAGCCAGGAUCAGCCCCAUAAAUUAAACAUUGGGUUAACAGUUAAUUAGCAGAUUUAGAUUUGGCUGCUUUUUGGCUGCAGAAGAUCACUUUUUUCUGAACUCGUACAAUAUAUAAAUACCAACAUUUCUUUAUGUAAAAGGUUUUGCUUAAAGCUCAGGGAUAGAACUUUGAGUGGACUCGGUUGUUGUUGUUUUAAAAAUCCAACUUCCUUUUAGAUGUGAGUAUUUUCCCCUUGUGAAUAUUUUUAAGUAAAAAGAGCAAUAUUCAUUUUGACAUUUCACAUGAAGAUAGAAGGCAGCAGAGUCUGGAGAAGAUGUUUUAAGAAGCAAGGGAAUAAGGGUUGUAUCCAACUACUGCAGCACUAAGUCUAAGUCUCUUGGCAGCGUACUUCUUCCACUAGCAAAAUGUUUCCGCUGCAGCAGAACACUGUUGCACAAGGAAAUGCAUAAGCAGGUUGCUGGUAACUUUGUUGCACAAUAGAUUUCACAAUCUGUCGUGUAACAGAUUUCCCCUUGUGCAACUGUUGCAAUGAAUUUGUCUGUUGUACAACAUUAAAACUCACCCAUGUGCCAACACAAAAGCCCUUGGCACCAGCAAACAGAGAACAUUAGAUACAGUCCUAUGACAUACACACACCAAAGAAAAAAGCCCACAGAAGAAGAAGCUAGCUGGGCACAUUUGCAUCCUAGUUUCUAUCUUAUGAUGCAUAAAAAACACAUCCAUUCUAUGCGGAUAAACCAGUUUAUGAUUUAUUGAUAUGGCUUCCUUUUAGCAUGAAGGGAUGAUGGGAGUCAUAGGACAGCAACACAUGGAGGGCAGUGGGUUUCCCAUUAGUAUUGAGGUGUAAUAAGUUCAGAACACAAGGUUUACUAGGACCCUGGGGUCCAGCAACCUGGAGCCAGGUGCAGAAUAGUGACCUUGGGGUGGAGCCAGACCCAAAACAGUACUUUGGGGUGGAGCCAAUUACAUACUGCAUCCCAGGAGCCAUGCACUGAGAUGAUCUGCAUCUGCAAACCUGAGGCUACAUCUGAGUUGCUACAGAUCAGCAAUUCUAACAUAUAAAUCUAAAACAGGUUAGCAGAAUUGAGCAAUGACCUGGUCGAAAGCAAUUGAACAGCCCUUACAAGCAAGGAAUACAGACACUGCGAGAGAAGUAAUUAGCACAAGUCCAAUCAUGGCAGAGAUCUAUUUCUUUUUUGCUUGCAAUUUCAGAAACAGAGGAAGUUACUUUACACCGAGUCAGACCAUUGGCCCAUCUAGCUCAGCACCGUCUACAUUUACCAACAGUGGCUCUCCAGGGUUUCGGAGAGGGUGUCUCUCCCAGCCCUACCUGGAGGUGCCAGGAAUUGAACCAGGGACCUUCUGCAUGCAAUGCAUGUCCACUGUCACUGUGCUUUCGCUCUUCCAUAUUUUACUUACUAUUGUUAAAUUAUUGAAAAUCAGAACCUGUAGCAAACUACAAACCACCCAGGGACCUAACAUUAGAUCUCAGUGUAUUUGUAGCAGGCAGGCAGUUUCUUUACAGACAGCUUAUGAGAGCCAUAACCUUUGCAUCCCUUAGCAGUCUCCAGUGGAGAUGUCAAAGAGCUUCAGGGCAUCUAACCUACUCCCCCCCCCCAUCUUUCCCUGGGAACUGUAGUUUGGGCAGGCUUAUUGAUCACUGGCAGAAAAUUCUCACCAAGCUACAAAGAGCCCCUGUCAGGGAUAAAGAGGGUAUAAAUAAAUAAAUAAUGGUGAUUAUUAUUACAGUUAAGGGUUUUUAAAACCAAUACAAGUUUGUUGUGCAGAGUGGACUGUCGGUGGACUCCUAAGUCAAACAGUGCUAUCGUUCUCACAGGGAUGUUUGAGCAGGUUGGUAGAAGAACAUAUUCAAGAUGCAGUCAUUCCCUCAAAUGCUAUAGGUGCAUCCUUGGGGCUGUCAUAAAUUGUCACCGGCAUCUUCUGUGGAACUUCCUAUUAACCUCAAACUAUCAAGCAUAUAUGCACACAGAUACACUCUGCAUGAAAUUUCUUUUUCCUUCAGGUACCCCAAGAUGAUUGGGGAGGAUAUCCAGCUUCAGGGAAGGAUGGAGAGAUACCCUGUCGACGGAUGCGGAGUGGCAGCUAUAUCAAGGCCAUGGGAGACGAUGACAGUGGGGACUCGGAUACCAGCACCAAGGUGUCUCCCAAGGGGGUGACCCGGCGUGAGGGGUACCGCCGUUCCUCCAGUGUAGAUCAGGCCAGAACCAAGUAAGAAACUGAGAACAGCGCAUUUCUCAUAUAACCACACAGGGUGGUGGGGAGAUGCUCAGCAAAGGGAACAAAAAUAUAUGGAAUUUUUAUUGGGUGGCAACUGAUAAGUAAGGUGAGAUGUCUUGACCAUGAGCAGGAGCCCAUGCAUAGAAGGGGUUCUUAGGCAAGAGGCAUGUAGGACCAGACUGGAGUUUCAGGACGUUGGAGAACACCAAGCACUGCAGUUGCACAAAUGAGAAACUGGCCUUCUAUCCCUUUUGGACCAAACUACACCCUUCUAGGCUUGACUCCUUUCCUAAAGGGUGGAGUAUCUUCAGUGGGUAGUUCUGGAAACUUAGCUUUUCAUCACCUUAUAAUCAGCUUCCACCUUAUUCAAGUCAGUGGGAAGCAUCCAGCCCCUGCUGUAAAUGGGUCCAGCUUCUUGGAAGAACCUGGUUCAGAGUGUACUCAGUCACAAGGGGCUCUUGGCUAGGCUUAGUGCCAAGCUCAGCACCUCUUUCUGAUCCAGCUGCCUCUUCCUCCUUUGAUACAGUCCUCACACCUGCUCAGGAUCCAUGACAAAGGAUGGGGGCUGUCAUAUAAAGCUUCUACCCAUCCAUUUUUGUGUUUCUUUAAAACUAUGCUCCACACCAGCUGAGAAACCUUUUUCCAGCCCAAGGACCACAUUCUCUUGUAGGAAAUUUUCAAGGAUCACAUACCAGGGAUGGGUGAGCAGACAAAAAAUGUACAGUUUACCUUUGUGCACUUAUCUGGCUUCCAGACAUACCUCUCUGACCUCCAUCAGGCAAGCAACAGACAUUCCAACCUGGCAAAAAAAUAAAUAAAUAUGAAGCAGAACUGGUGAGGGUGUGGCCUAUAGAGAGGGGGUGUGGCCUGUGGAGAAUCCCAAGGGCGCAAUAGAGGGACUUGAAGGGCUGCCUUUGGCGCCUGAAGUUCCCCACCCCUAUCUGAUAGGAUCAGGGCAGGGAGCUUGCAAAGUCAAACCCAGCCAGACCUGAGUCAUUUUCCAUCUGCUCUGAUCAUGUCAUGUUUUGGGUUUUGUUCAGAAACCUUUCUUCCCCAUGUCUCUCAUUAGGUUUGCAAGUAGGCACUAUUCUGACUCAUAUAUCUGUAACUGUCCCAGCUGCUGCACGUCACCCCGAAUCCGGCCACGGGGACAAGGGUAUGGACGUUCCUUUACCACCGGGCAGGUGAGGUGAUUUGUUCUUUAGCUUUUGCCUUACAGGAAGGGGACUGGGUAGAGAUGGGUGAGGAAUCUAUAACCUUCCUGCCACAGGACUCUGGCUCCCAUCAACUCCAGCUGGCCCUGGCUAGUGUUCAGGGAUGGUGGGAACUGGAUGUGAAAAUCUGGAAGGCACCAGACUGAGCAAGGCUGCACUUCACCAUACUGGAUUUUUCAAACAUCUGGAUUUGAAAGCCACCUUAAGGGUGCUUGUCCAAAUGUGGGUGACUCAUCCAAUAAAUUGCUCUGUCCAAUAACAACAACUCUAAAGCAGCCUUCUUCAACCUGAUGCUCUCCAGAUGUUGUUGACACUCCAGAUGAUGCUCAAAUCCAAAUCUAAUCAGCCCCAGCCAGCAUGUACAAAGAUGAGACAUGGUGCGAGCUGGAAUACAGCAUCACCUGGAGAGCCACAGGUUCCCUACCCUGGGGUACAAGAAUUGGAGAGUGGAGGGGAAAACUGACAUCUGUGUAAAUUGGGCCAUGUGUCUUCAAAUGCGGGGCACCUUCCUUAGAGGGGUUCAAGUGGACUGUCAAUAUUUCAAUGCCACCAUAAUCAGUCAGUUUGAAAUAUCAAGUGUCCACCUGAAUCCCCAAGUGAGGAUUUUCUUUUCCCCUUCCAGAAGUGUGGGUGCAGAGGAGGAUGGGAUUUCGUGGGGAAAUUGAACAGAUUUCCACAUCCCUAAUCCUGGCACCAUAGGUCUUAGCUCCAUUCACGGCCUUCCAUGCCCCUCCAUCUUCUUCCCCUUUCCUCAGAUUAACGAUGAGUUGAACCACCAGUUUGAGGCCGUGUGUGAGUCUGUCUUCGGAGAGGUGGAGUCGCAGGCUGUCGAGGCCUUAGACCUGCCCGGUUGCUUCCGCAUGCGCAGCCAUAGCUACCUGAGAGCCAUCCAAGCUGGCUGCUCCCAGGACGAUGACUGCCUCUCUCUCUUUACCAUGGCAACCACCACCCACCAGCCUGGCCAGCCCCUCACCAGCAGCAUCCUCAAGCCAAGCACCUGUAAGUACCAACACAGGACUUCGGAAGCUGAUUUGAACCAGGUCAGACUCCUGGCCCACCCAGCUCAGUGCAGUCUGCCCUGGCUGUUAGCAUCUCUCAAGGGUUUCAGAGGCAGAUUCUUUCCCAGCUCUACCUGGAGAUGCUGGGAUUUAACCUGGGACCUUCUGCAUACAAAGCAGGUGCUCAACUCCUGACCUGCACCCCCUCGCCAACAACAGGAAGUUGGUUCAUCAUCUUCACACGGGUUAUUCAAUGUGGUGCCCUCCCCUCCAGAUGUGGCUGAAUUCCAACUCCUGUGCGAGCUGAGGUUGAAGCAAGUUAGAGUCUGAUAGCAUCUGGAGGGCACUUCAGUGGCUCCCCCUGUUCUACACUGACAGGCAGAGGCUCUCUCAAAGCUUUCAGACAAGACUUUUCCCAGCCCAACCUGGAGAUGGCUAAGGUUGAAUCUGAGCUCCUGCCCCAAACUUGUUCUGUUCCGAUGUGACCCACUCUCAGAGAUACUGUGCAAUGUUUGUAUAUUUUAUCUGUUUAAAAAUGCCUGUCCCAAUUUCCUUCCUUGCUAUAUUAAUUCAAAAUGGCUCACAAAUUGGUAUAGGAAAGGAAGGUGGGGAAACCCCAUAGCUAGCAAAUACCUCUGCGAGUCUUCUCACUCCUAGGCCAAUGCUGUUACAUGACAACAAAAUGUGUGUGUGAAACAUUUCCAAAACAAGGCAACCAGUGGAGGGAUGAGGGCGCUUGAAGGACAUGGAGGCUGCCUUAUAUUGAGUCAUACCAUUUGUCCAUCUAGUUCAGUACUGUCUGUGCUGAUUGGCCAGAGCUCUCCAGGUUUUUGGAGAUGAUCCUUUCCUAGCCCUCCCUGGAGAUGCCAGGGAUUGAACCUGGGAUCUUCUGCAUGCAAAUCAGUUUGGCACUGAGCUACGGCCCUUCCUCGUCCCCACUGCCUCACCACAUAUAACAUCAUGAGCCCUGUCCAAUAGGUGCCUGUAUGAGUAGAGAGCUCCCUUCUUAUUGACACAUUUUGCUUUCCUUCCCUAUCUCUGUCUCUCCACCCCUCCGUGUAGCCUUUAGUUACAGGAAAGCUCCCCCUCCCCUCCCUUCAGGAAUGAAAGCCAAGCCCCUCAUUUCGGUGACGACGCAAAGCAGCUCUGAGUCCGCCCAUGACAGCUUCCUGCCCAGGGAAGUCAAAAGGAGUCCAUCAUGGUCCAAAGAGGCCGCCAAGCGCUGCAACUCCACAGAGAGCCUAGAAAGCACCAAGAUCACUGCCAUGUCCCUGGACUUGCCUUCAAUCCAACCCAGGACUGCCCCCAACCCCCCCACCCUCAUCAUCAGGACGAUUCCGGGGAGGGAGGAGCUGAGAAGUUUGGCUCGUCAGAGGAAAUGGCGCCCAUCUAUCGGAGUUCAGGUAGGUUCAGGGUGGGCCCAGGAUUGCCGGGAGGUUUGGGCUUGGGGGGGCACAAUUUAGUGAGUGAAAACAAACCCAGAAGGAAACCUCUCCCUGACUACUAAAGACAUGCACAAAAACCCAAAAGUCAAAGUUUCAAAUUAAGUGUCUUUUAUAACCAACCUAUGAGGUAUAUAUAUAUCACUGUUUUCUUUUUUAAAGUAUUCCACCAUCAAAAGGUCCACCAUGAGCCUUUAAUAUAAACAGUUCUCUCAUAAAAGAUUAUAUCACAUAAUAUACAAAAGUAUAAUUUUUACAUGAACAUAGAUUAUAUCCUAAAGCUCAAAUAUAUUUCUGGAGCUGCAUACUGUAUGAACCAGAUACUCUGUUGAUGUUAAUACUGUCCAUACAUACAUCAGCAAAUAUUUCACACCCCUUGCCCAGUUCAAGAGAUGGUAUCGCUCUAAUCCACCGAAGAAGUUUACUAAAGUGGAAACACCUGUGUCACCAUCAGGAGGUACUGAACACACCUAAAUUACAGUGAUAGAUAUACCUUGUGAUUUAAAAGACAGCUCAUUUAUACCUUGACUUUUGGUUUUUUUAGUACAAUUCAGUGGCUGUUCAUUCUAUGAAGAGUAGGUUGUAUCGAAACAUUGGUUUAUUGGUUUCUUAUAUUUUACCUUUUUCUGCCAGUGGACUCUAUGAGCAAAGUAGGGAUGGAUGAAGAAUUUGGUUCUGUUCAGAUUUUAAUACAAACCUACUUAAUUUUAACUUUCCGAAACAAUACAUGAACCAAAACAUGGCUAUCCUUCAAAAUACACACUUUUUCAGAUUUUGUGGUGCAGGUUUUCCAACCAAAUAAUGCGUACAAAUAAUAAAAUGCAUAGUGGGUUCCUGUUGUCUGGGUAGCCUAGGACCGCCAUACACAUUGUCCAGGCUUGCACCCCACUGAGGAAGCACACUCCAUUGUCUCUCGAGACAGAUGGGUGGCAACCAGGAGAGAAAAUAACAUAUAAAAUGCAUUAUACAUGGAGAAAUUGCUUGCAAAAUGUGUCUGUCAUGGAGGAAGUGCAUACAAAGCUGUGUACAUGGUGAGAAAUCUGCCCUAAAAUGUUGAUGAAUUUUGAUGAAGACUUUGAAGAACAAAUUGCAGAUUGGUGCAGUAAUGUGGAUAACGGAACUUAAGACUGGAAAAAUGAGGAUCUGAGAGGAAUCAAAACUGGCAGAUCCAUCCAUCCCUAAGAGAAGGACAAGAUAGUGCCCCUCACACCCACAUACAUUCCACAUACAGAAGCCAGCUGGACUGGUAGACAGACCUUAUUUCAUUCAACAUUGGUGACAGAACCGCAUUCUCAGCUCCUUUGCCCAGCCAUUGGGUGGUUAGUUUUAUUGUUCUAUGCUGCUUUAUGUUGUGUGUGUUCUUUGGUUUCAUGGCAGUUUAUGUUUGGCUUUUAUCGUAUGCUGUGAUGGUUGAUCCCGUUGCAUACUACCCUGGGAUGUGUUUGGAUGCAGCCUGGAUUAGACAUUUUAAAAAUACAUAACCAAUAAAGAAAUACCUUGCGAGCAAAGCAAGAGAAUGUAAGAUCACAGGACAAUGUUCCUCGCUUUGCUUCGAUUUGCUUUGCUACUCCAUUCAUUUUUAAAAUUUAUCGGUUGUGUUGAUCAUUCGAGCCACGUUUGUUUUGUUUUCCAUUUGUGCACGGGGUCUUCGGUUUUCGCUCUUCCCAUCUGUUAUUUCCCUUUGCAGUGAAUCAGUUGUGAAUUUGUAGGCACUUUGGGUGCUGUCCAAUGUACUCGUUCCAUUAAGUAUUUACAGUUGCACAAUGGAACUUUCCCCCCUGUCCUCCCCCUUUAAGUGCCCCAAGCCCUCCCUAAAUCUGUGCUGGAGGGUUGGGGGAACCAACUCACAAACAGAUUAAGGGGUGGCAUGUGGAGAGAGGAGAGUUCUGCUGGGCACACAUAAAUCAUUGCACUAAUGGAGCAAGUUACUUAGUGCUACAUUGGACAGCCCUAUUGUUUGCCUCAAAGGGUUCAGACCUCUGCUGUGUGUUUGUAUUUUUGAGCGCAGGUCAGGCUCAUUAUGCAUCUGGGCUGGAGUUGGGAAGGGGUUAGGAAUGAGACUGCCAUCCCUGUGGUGGUUGGCAGGGGAGAUACAGAGGUAACCAAAGGUAUAUGACAUCAAAGCCCUUGCCCCCUCUGUUUCACUGGUUGCAUUUCAAAGUCUGUGGGUGCUAGCCAGUCAGCCCCCUGCUUGGUGGUGGUGUUACUAAAUGCCAGGUCUAACCAGAAUGAAACCUUGAUCAUCCAUGAUUCGUUCACCUUAUUUUUGAGAUUGUAAGUUGUUUUCAACUGUAGUAGUAGUAGCAGUAGUAGUAGUAAUGCUUUAUAUGCUGGAGGUACUUGGGAGGAAAAAUUGGGUGAAGUCUCAGAAAUUUGAGUAUAAGCAGGGAGAGGGAACCUUUUUUACCCCAAGGUCAACCUUUAGAGGGCCACAUGGCAGUGCUGGGUGGGGCCAGAAGCAAAAGUGAGUGGAGAAAUGCAUGUAAAUAUUACCUUUGUACAGUAGGUUAGUUUCUACACACACUUCACAUCCUUCUUUAUCCUCCAUCCAGGCAAGCAAGAAGCAUCACCAGGGUUCUAGCCAGACAAGACUCAAGGAGGAUGCCAAGCAGGGCCAGUCCCAGAGGCAGAGUCCCAGAGGCAAGACAGAGAAGCCUGGAAGGCUGCCUGGACCAGAGAUUCCUUGUCCCUUUGAUAAGCUAAAGAAGUCAAGGGAACCUCAGGUAGCCGGAAAGGAGGUAGAAUCUGGAACAGCCUUUCCUUCUGUCUUAGACUAGAUUAGGAAGCUUACUCUGAUCUUAGAGAAACUCUGAGGCUGCGUGGCUGUUUUUUCCCAAGGCUCAGAGAUGUCGCUGGGUUUGUCCACUAGUCUCUAGAGCUUUAAAGACACUAUUGGAUUUAUUCCAGCAAUUGGCAUCCAGGGCUUUGCCUAAAAAUAGAUUUAACUAAAAACUGCUCUUUUCUUCAUGCCCCCUGAAAAUCUCCAUCUGACCUAUUCCAGCUAUGAAGGGGGCAAGCAAAGCAAACGAGGGAUACAUAGAAUCAAAUGAAUAUAUGGUUAUCAGAACUCAUCCAUUCCUCUGGCAUUCGUUUCUUGACUGGUUCCAAUUUGGAAUGAAAUUAAUAAACCCCUUUUGUUUCCAUUUCCACAAAAUGCCCAUGCACCCUGAUCUGUUACAAAUUGAGGAUCUAAUGAUACUCCUCCAUAGGGGAAGCCAGAGCUCAAAGGAGCAAUGUAGACAGUUCUGGCAUUCAUGUUCACUGGUUCAAUCCUCCUGAGCAUAGAGAGAGUUGGGUAGACUGUCCUUUUCAAAAGGUGGCAUUGUUUAUCUUACGAACAAGGGAGUGUGAAAUGAGGACUUUUAUCUUAGCUUACACUGGUUACAGAAAAGGCCCGUAGGGUGAAAUUCAAGCCAUUUCUGACCAGAUGUGGAAAAUCCCAAUGGUUUGUGACGUUUCAUGGUUUCAGUAAGCAAAGAUUCCAAUUUUUGGCGAUGACUUCAAACUUCUAAUGAAAAAGAGCUCCAAGGCAGGCACCUGGUUCAUGUUCUCCCCUUUUGCUAGUUUUAAUUUUUAUUAGUCUCCUAAAUUUGCAUUUCCUUUGCUUGCCAUUUGUUCCUACUUCGUUAGCAGGCCUGUCCCUUGUCAGUAAGAAUCAGCACAGGUGUUGUGGAGGGAGGUUAAAUUAAGUUCAGACAAGUGUAUCCGAGAGGUUCAGCCGAGGGGGCAAGCUGGCGGAAAGGAAGUGUCUGAUCCGACUUCAUGGUGCGCAGUUGCUUGUUUGACAAGGUCAAAAUGUUGGGAGUGGGGGCUUUGGCUCUUAACGAAGCAAGAGAAGCUGAUGCAAAAUGAUUCAAUUAAGCUGCAGCUACCAUUUUCCAAAGGUACUCUUACAAGGCAUCACGUCCCGUGGAGGAAACCAAUACUUUAGAAAUGCAAACUUUAGAAAUUAAAAUGCCACAUUUAUAAUUUCUGCUCCAGUAGGGGUUCAUUUGACUGCAUGGAAGGCAAAUAGAGGCCAUCAAGAAUUUCCACCAUUAUCUUUACCAGCCAGUUGGAGGCAGAUCCAUUAGGGCAAAUGGCGCACUACCCCGCUGACCUCAGGCUGACCUCAGCCAGUCAAGGGGUUAUGGAGGCCCUGGCUGUCAGCUUUCUCCUCCUCCAUCUUGGUGUUGCGCUUGUGGAACUCAGUAAAGGAUGAAACUAGACUAAGUUGGCUCUGCCCCCACCUACCAUUGGCCUCCCUGCCUUCCACAAGGCACCACUGUUACCAGCUCUGCUCCUGUGACUUUAACUACUUGGCAUGCGGAAAUCUAGCAGAUAAAGCCUUUUCCUUUCGUAAAGCCAGGAUUGCCAGCUUUUCUAGUCAUGUGCCUUAGAUUCAAUGGAUCUACUCUGAGUAGGGUUAAUAUUGGGUACAGCCCAGCACUUUACCCACUGUUGCUGUGGAGUUUUCCACUUGGGCCAAAGGAGCAAAAUAAUUCCCUACCAGCUGCUCCCUCCUGGAGUGUGGGGGUGACCUUUCUCCUCUCUUCCACCCGGCUUGCAGGAGCGUCUUGGCGCUCAUCAGGCCUGUGCCUUUGAAUGAGGUUCGGCAUCCCCAGGGGAAGGAGGGAUGAAAGGGGAGGACAGGGCUCCUGAGUACUUGAUCUCUGCUCUCCACUCACAUGGUUUAUCUGGAUUUCCGUUUGCAUCUGGUGAUGGGAAUUCAAAAUGCCCCCCGCCUGUUUUGCAAGUGCUCUUUCCUCACAGCUCCCUCUCCCUCCCACACAGCUUUGAAUCGUUCUCUGAUGCUUCCCUUCUGUACUUCAAUACACUUAACUAUUCAUCUUUCCCUUUCUCCCUCUCCUUACUUUGUUCUCAAUUCAUUUUGAUCAUUUUGAAUCUUUCUCGCACUUGUCUCCAUCUCCUUCAUUAUUUUUCUUUCCUCUACUUAUCAAUCCCCCCUUCCCUGUUAUCUCUUGCUUCUGCCACUUAUCAAUUCACCAUAAGUGAUACCACUUCUGGAUUUCCCUUUUCCUCUCUGUUUAUCUUUCCUCCUCUUUGCUUCUCCCUCAUCCUCAUUUCUUUCUCUUUCCCAAAGGUGGAAACCAUAUCCGAUUCAGACACAGAAAGCAGGAGCCGCAGAGAGUUCCACUCCAUUGGGGUGCAAGUAGAAGAAGAUAAAAGGUACAGCUGGCAAAACAUCCCUCUUGGUCCUUUGCAUUCCCACCAGGAGGAGCAGCUUUUGCAAUCUGCGCACAGCUGUCCCCAUGCGCUCUUGCCCCCAAAUCAAUAUUCAUGGCACAAGCCUGGACCAGAGAAUCGAGCAAGAGAACCUCGUGGAGCUAUGGAUGCUGGCUGCUCAGGGCAGCUGGAUUGCCCUCCCAGCUCAUGAAACAAAAGGGUAUCAAGACACAGAGGUGCCAGGCAGAAGCAAAUGCCCACACAAGGCUGGCGGUGAUGGAAUAGGUGACCCGGGACAUCCCCUGUCACCAAGCCAUCCGCUUUUGUAAAACACUCAUGUUCCCAGCUAGAACCGAAGGGGAAUAUUAAGCAGGAUGAAAGGCUUUAUACUCAGGGCUCAACGUAUGCUGCCGUUCUGGAGGGUAGAAAAAGCCACAGAGCAUAGAAAUAGGUGCUGGAUUUAAGCUUACUAAGGCUGUGUACGAACUAUACCUUUAAAGCACCAUGAUACCACUUCAAACCGUGAUGGCUUCCCUGGGAAGUGUAGUUUCUUAAGGGUGCUGAGAGUUGUUAUGAGAUGACUGUUCUCCUCACAGAGCUACAAUUCCCAAAGUCCCCUGAGAAGAGGGAUGGACUAUGAAACCACUCUGAGGACUAUAGUGCUAGGAGUGCAACAAGGGCUUCGUCUCAGCACCUUGAACAACCUACAGCUCCCAUAAUUCUUUGGGGGGAAGCCAUGGCGGUUUAAAGGGGAAUCAUAGUGCUUAAACUCGAUGGUGUAAAUGAGGCCAAAGUCUACAUAAGCACUAUGCCUUUAAAGCACAUUCAUAGCAAAUUUUGCCCCUCAAGGAAUUCAGGGUACUGCAGUUUCUUAAGAGUUUCUGGGAAUUGCAGCUCUGUGAGGGGUAAGUAACAGUGCCCAGAAUUCUUUGAGGGGGAAAUGUGCCUCAAAUGCACCUUAAAGGUAUACUGCGUCUGCAUUCUAAGAAUCUCAGCCUUCACUUGGAAGGAGGGGGAAGCAAUCUUACAGCUCUUGUAGCAGUGAUGGCUAGAAUAUUGAAACCCAGUCAGGGUAGCCGAAUGAUAUUUCCAGGGGACAGGAGGUGGAACUUCAGCAACCCACGUAUUUACAUACACACACACACACGUAUGCACGCACACACACUGACUUGCAGCAGAUGAGUAAAAUGUGCAGAAAAUGAAACAAUUAUGCAGAUGUGCUUAAAAUAUUUGGGUCACAGAACUCAGCUUUCCCAGGCUCAGAAUGUGGGCUGUUUGGAUUUAAAUUCUAAGCACACGGUAGCUGUAUGUAGAUACAGGAUCAGGCCAGCAGCUCAUCUAGCCCAGGUGAGCUGUGGUCCUCCAGUUGUUUAUGGGCUACAGCUCUUAUCAUGCCUAAUUCCUGGCUCUGCUAUGUGACAGUGAGGAGAGUUGGAGCCCAAAACAUCUGGAAGGCCACAGAUGUCCCCACCCCUAAAAAGGUAAAGGUAAAGGGGCCCCUGACCAUUAGGUCCAGUCGUGACCGAGUCUGGGGUUGCGGCGCUCAUCUCGCUUUAUUGGUCGAGGGAGCCAGCGUACAGGUCAUGUGGCCAGCAUGACUAAGCCACUUCUGGCGAACCAGAACAGUGCCCAGAAACACCUUUUACCUUCCCGCCAGAGCGGUACCUAUUUAUCUACUUGCACUUUGAUGUGCUUUCGAACUGCUAGGUUGGCAGGAGCAGGGACUGAGCAACGGGAGCUCACCCCAUCAUGGGGAUUCGAACCGCCGACCUUCUGAUUGGCUAGCCCUAGACUCUGUGGUUUAACCCACAGCGCCACUCGUGUCCCUUGUCCCCACCCCUGAUUUAGCUCAAUACUCUCGACAGCAGCAGGUAGAAACUCUUUGGGGGUUUUCUUGCUAAGAUCUUUCUCAGACAAUUUAGCUGAGCCCAUGGAAGUGUCUGGUUGAUCACAGAGAAGCACAGUUUCUCAACAGAAAAGUUUCCUGGGCUCAAAACCCCCGAAGAGGGCCAUCCAUGGACUUGGAAGCCUUUGUAACUAACUUCUUAUAAUAGAAACAUAAGAUGCUGACUCACAUUGAGUCCAUUUAGGUCAAUAUCGUCCACACUGACUAGCAGUGGUUCUCCAGAGCUUCAGACAAAGAGUCUUUUCCAGCCCUACCUGGAGAUGCUAAGGAUUGAACCUGGGACCUUCUGCAUGCAAAGCUCUACCUUGCUCUACCACUGAGCUAUAGACCUACCCAAUAAUGGGGCUUGUGGGGUGAGGGGCUCACUACAAAUUAUUGGGGACGCCUCCAUCAUCCUCCACCAUUGGCUGCGCUAGCUGGGACUGAUGGGAUUUGGAGUCCAACAACAUCAGGGGGGUACAGGUUCUCCACGCCUGAUAUAGACAACACUGAACUAGAAGCCAUCAGGGGAAGAAGGACCAUAGCUCAGUUAUAGAUCACAUGCUUUGCAUGCAGAAGAUCCUUGGUUCAGGGCUGGGAAAUUCUCCUGCCUGAAACCCUGGAGAGCCACUGCCACUUUGCAUUUGAAAUAUUGGACCAGAUGGGCCAACAACCUGACUCCAGCUUAAUUGUCUGGAAAAGGGCCGUAGUAGUAAUAGAGCAGGCUUCCUCAACCUCGUCCCUCCAGAUGUUUUGCGACUACAAUUCCCAUCAUCCCUGACCACUGGUUCUGCUAGCUAGGGAUCAUGGGGGUUGUAGGCCAAAAACAUCUGGAGGGCCGAGGUUGAGGAAGCCUGUAAUGGAGCAUCAGCCAAGUUCAAUCCCUGGUGACUCCAGGUAGGGCUCUGGGAAUAUCCCCCUGAGGGGAAGUAGCUCAGUGGUAGAGCAUCUGCUUUGCAUGAAGAAGGUCCUAUGUUCCAUCUUCAGCAUCUCCAGGUAGGGCUGGGAGGCAACCUUGCCUGAAACCAUGCAGAGCUCCUGCCAGUCAGUGUAGACAGUGCUGAACUAGAUGGACCAAUGGUCUGACUUAGUAAAGGGAAGCCUUUUGAGGUGUGUGCAUGCAAUCCUCAGACAUGCACUCUAGACUCUCUGAGAAGUCCAGCAUCUUUCCACCCCCAUUUAUUUCCCUUCAGUUCACUGCACGGACACUUGAAUCAAAGAGCAUGUGAGGUGAUCACCAUGUAGCUGUCCCAUAUCUUCAUUCAGUCAGGGACUGGCUGGCACGUCCUCUGCUCUGUGUGCUCCCUCCCUCCCUCCCUCUAGUCCUUCAGCAUCCAUCCAGCGCUGGUUGUCAUAGAAACAGGCCAGUGAACAGGAAGGCGGGAGCGAUGGAACCACGCAGGCAUGAUACUGCUCAGUGGCGGCUUGUCAGUUUCUGAGUUCUCUCCCUCAUCCCCGGCGCUUCCUUUCUGUAAGGAGAGGAGCCAGGGUUCAAGUAUCUCUCAAGCCCCCAUCUCACACAUGGGAAAGCCCUGCCUCUGAAUCCUUUGGGUAUUCCGUGGUGCAGAAGGAACAUGCAAACUUACACAUAGACAGUGAGGCUCUUCUGCUUCUCUUUGAAAUGUAUUCCAGGGCUGAGCCCUGGCACAAAUUAAGCCCCGCUGAUUAAGAACAUAAAAAUAUAAAAAGAGCCUGCUGGAUCAGAACAAUGGCCCAUCCUGUUCUCACAGUGGCCAACCAGAUGCCUGUGGGAAACCUGCAAACAGGACCCGCAAGCAGGAUCCUGCCCUUCCUUCAAUCAUUACCUAAGAAUAAAAGCAUGCAAAUAUAUGAGUACCACCAUAAAGGAACAUUUAAGAUUACAACAAAUGAAUUCCACACGCACAACACAGAGCAGCCAAACAAGCAAAUCGUUCUGUUAAUGUCCACAGCCAGCCACUAAAUGCCUGGUGAAAUAAGUGCAUUUUCAAAUGAAGCUGAAACAGUAGCAAUGUCCAAUCUCAGCAGUGCAGUAGUUCCAUAAAUGGGGAGCCACCAUCAAAUAGGCCCCACCCCAUGCCGCUUCCCUGAAGAUCUUAAAGCACAGGGGAGGCACUCCUUUAUGUACUUGGGUCCAAAGCCAUAUAGGGCCUUACACACCAGCACUCAUCUUGGCCUGGUAGCUAAUAGGCAGCCAGUGCAAAGUCAGAAAGAUAAACAUAAUAUGGUCCCUUCUCACUGCCCCGUAUAACCACCUGGCAGCAGCUGCAGCCUCCAGACCUUCUUCAUAGAUACUGAGCAAUAUGGAUCAGCAGGUUGACUUAGUAUAGUAAGAAUAAUAAUAAUAAUAAUUUAUUAUUUAUACCCCGCCCAUUUGGCUGGGCUUCCCCAGCCACUCUGAACGACUUCCAACAAAUAUUAAAAUACAGUAAUCCAUAAAACAUUAAAAGCUUCCUUAAACAGGGCUGCCUGUUUGUAUAGCACAACUUCCAGGUUCAUACCUGUAAGAACAUAGGAUACCACUUUAUCCUGGAGUCAUACAAUUGGUCCAUCUAGCUGAGUAUUGUUGACACUGGCCAGCAGCUGUCCAUUGAUACUGAAACUCUCCAGGGUUUCAGGCAGGCAGCCUUUCCCAGUCCUACCUUGAGAUACCACUGGGGAUUGAACCCAGGACCUAGUGCUUGCAAAUCCAAGCUGGUUGGUUUUUGCAGCCCUUGCAAGGGACCUAACCCUCUCUCCUCCCUAUCGCAGGCGCGCUCGGUUCAAGCGGUCCAACAGUGUGACGGCCGGCGUGCAGGCUGACCUGGAGCUGGAGGGUUUGGCGGGGCUGACGGUGGCGACGGAGGACAAGGCCCUUCAGUUCGGGCGCUCCUUCCAGCGGCAUUCCUCGGAGCCGGAGUCCACGCGGCAAUACUCGGUGUACAAGACGGUGCACACGCAAGGGCAGUGGGCCUACCGGGAAGACUACCAGAUGCAGUACGACACCGUGGAAGUGCCGCGCCAGGAUUCCUGGAUGGACAGGGGGUCGCGCAGCCUGCCCGAUUCUGGCCGAGCAUCGCCCUGCCACCGGGACGGCGAGUGGUUCAUUAAGCUGUUGCAGGCGGAGGUGGAGAAGAUGGAAGGCUGGUGCCAGCAGAUGGAACUGGAGGCUGAAGAUUAUGAUCUGCCGGAAGAGAGUGAGUCUCCGCCGGGUGCUGUGGGUUGGGGGAUCCCAUCUGGGGCUGCCAGCUUCCUUUAGCAAGCUGGUACAGUCUGGCAGAUAUAGUUGGGUUAGGAGCCAAGCUAUACAAUUGUGGGUCCAUGUGAAGAAUCUGUUGCUGGACUGCAGCAUUCUUUGGACUGUGAAUUCUUCCUCUGUGUUAAGAAAGAAAGAAAGGAAGGAAGGAAGGAAGGAAGGAAGGAAGGAAAGAAAGAAAGAAAGAAAGAAAGAAAGAAAGAAAGAAAGAAAGAAAGAAAGAAAGAAAGCAAGCUACCAUGUCAGGGAGAAAUGCUAGCUUGCUUUAUUUGAUGGGGGAGUGUUGUGGAAAUGUCUAUUAGAAUUCGGGAUGGGGGAUAAAUUUGGUCCGGUUGACAUUUUAAUGCAGACCUCCCUAAUUUGCGCUUCCCUGAAACAAUAGACAGAAUGAAACAACUAUCUUUCAAAAUUCACACUUCGCUAAAUUUUGGGAGGCAGUGUGUAAAAAAAAAAAUCAAAUCACAUUGGGGGAAAGUAUGCGUAAAAAUGCAUUCAUGAAAAUAACGAAUAUGGGGAAACAUGUAUAUUAAGCAAAUUUGCACAGAGAAUUAGGUAUAUUAGAAUAAAUGUAUACUAAAGUGCUGAUUAAUGUUUGUGAGAACUUUUUUAAAUUGUUACAAAUUGAUGUGAAAAUGUAGCAAACUGAAGCUUGAAACUGGAGAAAUGUGAAACUGAGGGAGAAACAAAAUAGACAGGUUUGUCCAUCCCUCAUUGGAAUGUACUGUAAGAUUUAUAUGAUUGCAAUUUUGUGUCAUAAUGAUAAAGGAAGAGCCACACUGGAUGACACCAAAGAUCUGUGUAGUCUAGCAUCCUACAUUAGCCAAUCAGGUAAUUUGGGGGAGCCCACAAUCAGGGCAUAAAGUUAUCCCCUAUCAGCGCCAAAUUUGGGAACUUUCCUCCCAAUGCAAAUACCAGCUUCAGAGCAGGGGUCUUUCUCCAGAACACAGCAGAGGAGAAUAGAGGCUCCCUGCCUGACUGAUGCCAUCCAGAUAAUUGUCAUCAGUUGAUGUCAUUUUAAUUUUUUGUAUUGAAAAAACAACUGCAUGUUAAAUGCAAAGACACGGUUAAUGUCACACUCUGUUAGGAAAUUCUCCAGAAUUGGGAGUGCUCUGGAGCAAUGUGGUACUGACCCUCUCAUUUUCUUUGUGUACCUUCCUAGUCCUUGAGAAGAUCCGUAGUGCGGUGGGCAGUGCCCAGCUCCUGAUGUCACAGAAAGUCCAGCAGUUUUACCGACUCUGCCAGCAGAACAUGGUCAGGGAAUCUCCUUGUGUGUGCCUAGAUUUUGUUGUUGUUGUUGUUGUUGUUGUUGUUGUUGUUAGGUCCUCCAACUUUUGUCACUUUUAAAAUUAAGUCACUUUUUGAUGUCACCUGUGGGUGGUUUAGCCGUCUUUCUUGGGGGAGAAUGACAUUUUUACAAGGGAUGUAAGACUACUGUUGAAAACAGCAAAUCCCCAUGCCAAGUUCUUCCCCGAAGGUGUAGUGUCACUGUAUGCCAGGGAUUGCCAAUGAGAUGCCCAUGGGCAGAAUGGUGCCCUUACAGUCUUGACUUGGUGCCUACAAAGCCUCUGAGCUCUGCCCCUCAUUUACCUCAUUGAGGUGGUGAGCAUCAUUAAUCUUUCUUCUCCCUUGAAAAGUCUAUAGAGCUGAAGGAGGAAGUUGGAAGAGUGACUUAUCUUUCCCACUUCCUCUUCCAGCUCUAUGUACUUUUCAGGGCUCAGGGUAAAUCUACUGCAAGUGGCUGGGGAGGGGGCACCAACAGCACUUCCUCAAAAAAUCAGAAGUUACAUGAAAAGCAGCUCACUACUUGUGUGCUACAAGAGAUAAAUCAACAGGCUUGUUAAAAGCACUCUUGUAGGCACAACGGUCUGCCAUGUCUCUGAAUGAAACACUGCCCUUUCUUUGUCUCCUUCUCAUCAGAAAGUGGAUGAUUCUACCAUAUAUGUGUGUUGGGCAGGACUGGGUCCCUUUCCAAAUGGAAGAGACAUGACAGGAUUACCCAUUCUCAGAAAAUGCUGCCUUGUUGCAUCUCUGCAUGAGUUCUUGCUCUGGCUUGUCUCCUGCCAAUAAGGUGAACAGAGUGCAAGCCAUUUUUAUCUACUCAAAAUGCAAACCUUUCAUGCUGCAAAAGUGAAGUGCACCCUGGGGGAAACAGGUGUGACUUUGUAUCUCAAUUCCACAUUCAAAGUUCAGAAAACCGCCUGCCCCAUUCCUUCCUUCUUGUUUGUCCUCAUCCAGAUUUAUCUCCGCCUCCUAACAGGAGGGAGCCUUUGACACCAGCUCAGUCUCUUUCCUUUCCUUCCUUCUCCUUCCUGGCAGGACCCCAAUGCUUUCCCCAUGCCCACUUUCCAGGACCUGGCCGGAUUCUGGGACCUCCUGCAGCUUUCCAUUGAGGAUGUCAGCAUGAAGUUUGCUGAACUUCACCAGCUCAAAGCCAAUGGGUGGAAACCCAUCGAGCCCAAGGUGAGAGGAAAAGGGGGCAAGGCAACCAGGGAACCAGAUGUUGUAACAGGGUUCUUUGCCCCCUGGAAGUUCAGUAUAAAUGAGUAAGUAACCUUGCACCCAGGCCAAUGGAAUUCUACACCAAGUAGGUGCAUGUGGGCUGAUAGCAAGUUGACUAGAAUUCAGAAGGCUCAGAGGGAGGACCGGAUUGCUUCCCCACAGUAAAAAGUUGCCCAGGAUUAGGACUAGGGAUGGGGGAGAAAUCGAAUACUGUUGGCAUUUAAAGGCACACCUCUCUAAUUCACACUUUCUGAAACAAUAUGCAAACUGAAACACAGCCACCCUCUGAAAUUCACACUUCUCAGAGUAUUGCAAUGCAGUUGUCCAGCUAAGUAAUGUGUACAAAAGUGCAUAUACUAGGAUAAAGUUUGCAAAUAUGUAUGCGCAUAUUAGUGAUAAGGGGGGGGGGAUGCUUUUUAUUACCCAGUGCACUCCCUGUGUUGCCCCUUUAACCCAGAAGAGAUGGGGCACAGCAGCCCUUCCAAUGUCACUCUCCUCUUUGUGUGUCCUGUGCAGAGUGAAGGGGUUGGAGUGGGGGCGGGGCUUUUUUCCAACCCCAUCUUGGCUUACCAGCCUCUACAGCCCGCCUUGGAGAUGUGCUCACCAUUGCCAGGGAUGUGCUCAUCCUCUCACCUGAGCUCACUGCUGUUCUGCACCCCUCCCUGCGCCUUAUCUCAGGUGGCCUGUGCGAUUUCCAGCGAGGGAUUCAGAUAAAGCCAUCACAGCUGUUUUCCUCUCUCCCCGCGGCUCUAGAGCUGCAUUGCUGGUCGAAGCAAAAUAACUGGGCAUUUUUAAUGAACCUUUGUUCUUUUUUUUGUUCUUUUUUAAAAUUAAAACUGCAGAACAACAAAGCUCUUUAUUCCCUCUGAAUUGAGAGGCAGGAAGCAGCUUCAGCCUGGGCUGAAAAAGCUAUUUCCGGUUUGUUUAUUUAAACGUUGUUCUUAACACUUUUGUUCCCUUCCUGCAGAUACUUGCAUUCACACACACUCCAGACCGGAGCUCUUUUUGGGGCUGUCAUUUUCUGCAGCGUGUCAUUGAUGCAAUAAUAUUUCAUGAGUGGCGGGUUUAUGCUGGGUCAUCCACACAUCGUUCUCCUUUAUUGGUUUUCCUGCGAUGCACGCACAGGGUUACCGCAUCACUGCUACCUUGGAGGGUCUUUGAUACCCUCACAAACACAAACUAUCAUGAAUGCACACUAUAAAGGACACCUGGAGAGAACUUGGAAAAAAAAUUCGCAACCUGAUCUGGAAAUGAGAGCUGAACUUAAAGCUGGAAAAAUGAGGAAUCAGAGAAGCCUAGAGAAACUGAAACUAUCAGACUCUGGGAAUUAUACUGAAGCGAAUGUAGGGAUGUGUAUAUAUAGAUGCUAGAGGAUAUAAUUAUUAGAUAUUAUCCUUCCUUCCUCUCAUUUGUGAGUUCAGCAGACUGCAUCCCUUUGCAGCUUAAAAGGAAGCUACUUUUAGCCUUUUAGUUUAAGUAAUCCAGGAUGCUUUGAGGCAGACUGGAUUCUCCUGGUACUUCUGCCUUUUCUCCUCCUUAAAACAAUAAUCACACCAACAGUCUUGUAAAAGGUAAAAAAAAAAAAAGAAGCAUUUACUCACUCAGAAUACUUGAUGAAGAGUAACAGAUACAAGCCUACUUUUGUUCAGGCAGGCUUAAAAUGGUAAUUCAGUUACAAAGUCUAGCUUAAGGUGGAGUCUGAGCAGUGUAUGUUCUACAUCAGGCAUAGGCAAACUCGGCCCUCCAGAUGUUCUGGGACUACAACUCCCAUCACCACUAACAGAACCAGUGGUCAGGGAUGAUGGGAAAUGUAGUCCCAAAACAUCUGGAGGGCCAAGUUUGCCUAUGCCUGUUCUACAUUGCUGGAAUGAGGUGAAAGAGCAAAAUGCCCAGCCAGGUGAAGAUAUUCUAUGUCAGGGCCCAGUGGAAGCAGCUCUCAGAGUUCUCUCUAGCAAACUUACAGGAAAACUCUGUGAGCUUCAGCUCCCAUCAUGAGCCUAUCUAGCAAUCAUGCUUUGUUGGCAUGACUGCAUUGUAAAUAUCCCACGGCGAGGGAGGGAAGGACCUUCCACCUUUGCUGCCGCCGCCACCCCAGCGCUGUGCCUGUCAUGGGUCCUUCCCUUCCCACUAACGCCUUCCCUCCCUCUCCCUCUCUCCCUCCCUCUCUGUCCUUUUGCAGGAGGAAAAGAAGGUGCCUCCGCCAAUACCAAAGAAGCCGCCACGCUCCCGGCUGCACCCAGUGAAGGACCGGUCCCUGGACUCUGUGGACCGGCAGAGGCAGGAGGCCCGCAAGAGGCUCCUGGCGGCCAAGAGGGCUGCCUCCUUCCGCCAGAGCUCAGCCACCGAAAGUGCAGACAGCAUUGAGAUCUACAUCCCCGAGGCCCAGACCAGACUGUGA